CCAUACAGCUCGGACAAGUAUCAUCAUGAAGGUCUUCGUCGUACUCAGCGUUAUUCUCGCUGUGGCCUCGGCUGCUCCAAGAAGAUAUCAUUCUGGCGGAAAUGCCUCCGCUCAGGCCAAUGCCAAUGCCCAGGCUGAAGGUAGUGCACCUGGGGACUAUGGUGAAAACGAUGGAUUUGGCAGACAAGGUGGAUAUGGCGGACAAGGCGGAUAUGGCGGACAAGGCGGAUAUGGCGGAUAUGGCGGAUUUGGCGGACAUGGUGGAAAUGGCGGAUUUGGGGGCAGACCAGGCUUUAAUGGUUUUGGUGGUAAUCCAGGACAUGGCGAAUAUAAUGGAUUCGGCGGAGAACCUGCUGGUCCCGGCGGUCCUGGCGGUAAUGCAAAUGCAGAUGCCAAUGCCAGUGCUGUAGCAAAUGGUGGUGGUUUCGGUGGACCUGGUUUUGGGGGUGCGAAUGCCGAUGCCAAUGCAAAUGCAAAUGCCGAUGGUUUCGGUGGUGCAGGAUUUGGUGGUCCAGGAUUUGGUGGUGCGAAUGCCAAUGCUAACUCCAAUGCCGUUGCUAACGGUGGUGGAUUCGGCGGCUUCGGUGGAUCCGCUGAUGCCAAGGCUUCUGCUGUAGCCAACUCCUCAUCGAAUGGCGGUGGUCUUGCUUCCGCCACAUCCAAUGCAUCCGCAUCAUCUUUUACUAGAAAGUAAUCGAAGAGGCAUUUAGUUGUUCAUAAUUUAUUAAACAAUAAAUAUAUUUUAUAUAAAAUACAA